AGCUCCAAUUUCCGGUUUCUGGCAGGACAUGUUUCAUUGUACGUACCUUGUCGAGAUGGGCUCGACUGUUGCUCGGUAGUUUGGAGUUUCUCCGUUUCUCCGGCGGAGUCGCGGGAUCUUUAGCGAAGCAUUGCGGAGAUUCUGGUUCCGGACGCGUCGCUCGUUCGUGUGUUCGGAACGCCUCGAGUUCGGCCGCGAGCUGCUCCCUGAAGCGCCCGUCAUGAACGGGUUCAGCACCGAGGAGGACAGCCACGACGCGCCGCCCGCGCCGCCCUUCUUCGGCCAGAGCUGCUGUCUGAUCGAGGACGGGGAGCGGUGCGGCCGCGCGGCGGGGAACGCGUCCUUCAGCAAGCGCAUCCAGAAGAGCAUCAGCCAGAGGAAGCUGAAGCUGGACAUCGACAAGAGCGUUCGUCAUUUAUACAUCUGUGAUUUCCACAAGAACUUCAUCCAGAGCGUUCGUAACAAACGCAAGAGGAAGACCAGCGAUGACGGAGGAGAGUCGCCCGAUCACGAUGUUGAAGUUCCAGAGGUGGAUCUGUUCCAGCUGCAGGUGAACACACUGAGACGUUAUAAGAGGCACUACAAGAUCCAGACCAGACCGGGACUCAAUAAAGCCCAGCUCGCUGAGACCGUGAGCCGUCAUUUCCGCAAUAUUCCAGUGAACGAGAAGGAGACGCUCACGUACUUUAUUUAUAUGGUGAAGAGCAGUAAGAGCCGGCUGGACCAGAAGUCAGACGGGAGCAAGCAGGUGGAAUGAGCGUCCUCUCCCGCCGGCGCUCUUUAUUUAUGACGUGCAGAUGCUAGCUGGCUUUAUGAUUCCUCUCUGAAUACUUGCUGUGUUUUUGUACAUACGGGAGUCACUACAGUCGCGCGCUUGUGUAGUGAUGAUGAUGAUGAUGAUGAUGAUGAUGAUGAUGAUGUGCCAAACCCACAGUAACACCAAUAACCCCAUGUUCAGAUUCCACCAUGUACCCAGCCAGGACCUGAUUGAAAGCACGAGCGAGACUGAAAGACUGCAGCUUUGCUCUCUCUGGUAUCAAAUGAUCUGAAGCGUUUCACACUCGUUCUGAAGCUGAAGAACCGGAGAAGAUUCUGUCUGAGGUUUUCUUUCCUCGUUUCUUUCGUGUUCGUCUGCUCUGUGACACAAACAUGUCCCGCUUUUAUAUGACUGCUGUAUAUCUGCUCUAUAUAGCUUUUUUUUGUAGAUUGUAAUGUUAGUUUUCUUCCUUUCUUUGGAAUAAUUUGUCUAAAUACAGUUCUUGUGGCACUGCUCCUA